UCCUCACAGUCCCUAAACGUUACUAUUUUCAAGACAUUCAUUCCCCAUUUCUCCAUUCUCAGUCUCCUUCUGUAGUCAUCCGAUCCAUCUGAACUGUCAACACUCGGUAGCAUCUCGGGAUUUUGAUUAGUAAAAUGCGUAAAUCUUCUUCAUCUCCAUCGGAAUAAUCUUCAAACUGAUUCAGCGCCGGAGAGCCGGUUUCGUCGCCGCCGAUUCCACCAAGAUGAUAGCACGACAUUGGUUAGGCUUCUCCCUGGUGCUGCUAUGCCUUUUACAUACUUCAGAAGCCAGCCCUGGUGAUGCUCAUCCUGUUUACAGGAGCUGUGUGACAGUAUGUGAGAGGGAUGGCUGCAUUGGUAAAACCUGCUUUGCCGACUGCAACUAUUCUUCUCAUGGUGCCUCUCAUGAUAGUCCAUGGUACACUCAAGAGCCUCUCUAUCAACGCUGGAAACAGUGGGGCUGCGAGAGUGAGUGCAGGUUUCUGCAUGCUUGCCAGAGAAGAAGAGAGAGCAAAACACGGUUAUGGUCCACUCAAAUACCAUGGAAAAUGGCCCUUCAAGCGUGUCUUCGGCAUUCAGCCUGUAUAUUCAUCGACAUGUCCUUCUUCCUCCAGGAGGUUGCCUCUGUGGUUUUCUCUGCAUUGAACCUUUAUGCUCAUAUUCAUGGUUGGCUAUCAUUGAUCAUCCUUCUAUACUACAAGUUGCCCCUGAGAUAUGACAAGAAGACUUACUACGAAUACACCCCAUUGUGGCACAUCUAUGGACUCUUGUCAUGUAACUCCUGGUUCUGGAGCAUUAUUUUCCAUAGUCGAGAUGUUGCCUUGACAGAGAAGCUAGACUACUCAUCCGUAGUGGCAUUAAUCGGAUACUCACUUAUACUUUCCAUCCUAAGAAGCUUCAACAUUAAGGAGGAAGCUUCCAGAGUCAUGGUCGCAGCUCCACUGCUCGCAUUCAUCACAACCCAUAUACUGUACCUCAACUUCUACCAGAUGGACUACGGAUGGAACAUCAUAGUCUGUGUCGCAAUGGGCAUCGUCCAGCUUCUCACGUGGGCGAUCUGGGCAGGAGUGAGCCGCCAUCCGUCUCGAUGGAAGGUCUGGGUACCAGUGAUCGGAGGUGGGCUGGCCAUGCUGCUGGAGAUCUACGACUUCCCUCCGUACAAAGGCUACUUCGAUGCCCAUUCAAUUUGGCACGCCACAACCAUCCCUCUCACAUACGUGUGGUGGAGCUUCAUUAGAGAUGAUGCUGAGCUCGCCACCUCCUACCUCCUGAAAAAGUCCAAAUAGCUUCCUAGUUUCGUAGACUGACCCACCUGCUAGUCUUGAUGGUUUUCAAGUUCAACUAAGGUAGAGAGAAACAAGGGGGCAUUCGCAUUUUUACGUAAGUCAGCUGGUUCGUAAACAACUGUGUUGUUGAUUGGAAGGGAACAGUUGUCUCAUUUGUAUCUUAUAUCUUCGCCAUGGAUGACCUAUCCGCUGCUUGUAAUCUAUUCUUCUGUUUCUCAGAGAAAGGCCCAGCUGAACACAGUUUUAACAGUCUGAACUCUGUUUUCCUCAUCGAACUCUACGUGCAGAUCCUACUUUCGGUGGCAGAGUUUUCGUUGUACUACUGAAUGUACUAAACAUGUUAAAUCGACACUUUCUACACUAUACAGAUAGACCAAUCUCCAUGCUUCAUCCAAAACACUAACCUGGUAAGUCGAUCUAUGUAAUGCACAC